AUGAGGAAAGUUUUACCAUCUAUUAUGAAACAUGUAAGUGAAAGAUUUUACAACUUAAAAGGUAAAUCAAACAGAAUUUGGAGGACCAAAUGUACUUAAAUUAGGAGAAUCUUUAAUACCUAAACCUAAUUAAAACUAAUCUCUAAUUGAAAUACAUUCAACAUCUAUAAAUAGAGCUGAUAUUCUAUAGAGAUAAGGGAAAUAUCCUCCUCCAAAAGGAGUUACUAAUAUUUUAGGAUUGGAAUUUGCUGGCUAUGAACUUGAUAGAGAAGGCAAUAGAUUAAGAAGAGUAAUGGGAAUAUUAUCUGGAGGAGGAUAUGCCUAAUAUGUUGCUGUUAAUAAAGAUCAUUUAAUAGAUGUUCCUUCUAAUAUUACAUUAGAUGCUGUAUAAUUUAUUUAUUAUAAUAGGCUGGUGGAAUUAGUGAAAUCUAUUUGACAGCAUAUUUGUAAUAUAAAUUAUCAGAAUUAAAAAAAGGAAAUUCAUGUUUAAUAUAUGCAGCAGCUUCAGGAGUUGGUUAAGCUACCUUAUAAUUAUGUAAUCACUAUGGAGUCAUAGGAAUUGCUAGUUGUUCACAAAUGAAAGUUUAAAAAAUCCAAUAAUACACUAAUUUUAUUGUUCAUAGAGAUUAAUCUAUUAAAGAUUAGAUUUAAAUGAUAAGAUAGUAUUAACCAUAAGGAGUUACAGCAGUUUUCGAUUGUGUUGGAUAAUAAAAUUAUCAAAUGACUUUAGAAUCUUUGGGUAUAGAUGGUAAAUGGAUUUUAUAUGGUUUAUUGACAGGAGGGUAAAUUGAAAAAUUCAAUCUUGCUCCAUUAUUAGGAAAACGAAUUCAUCUAAUAAAUUCUACAUUAAGGUAUCUAAAUUUAUGAUUAUACAAGAUCUCGCUCUGAUUAAUUUAAGGCAGAACUUGUAAAAGAUUUUACUAAGAAUAUUUUGCCUUUAAUUGAAAAAGGGUAGAUUUCUAUUCCAAUUCAAUCUGUUACUAAAGUAUAAUGGAAUGAAGAGGGAAUAAAUAAAAUAAUUAGAUUACAUAAUGAAAUGGAACUAAAUAGUAAUGUAGGAAAAUUAAUUGUUUCAUUUUAAAAUGAUUGA